AUGGGGCCUCCACAUGCUGCUGCAUUAGAACAUUUGAAAAACCAUUUGGUUGACGGUGCCUAUGCUUUGGAUGUCGGAUCUGGUUCCGGAUAUCUCACAGUCUGCAUGGCGCUUAUGAUUGGCAGCAAUGGAAAAGUGGUUGGUAUAGAGCACAUCCCAGAAUUAGUUGCAUUAGCGAAAAAGAACACCGAAAAACACCACGCCGAUCUUAUCAGCAGUGGAAGAGUGCUCUUCGUGGAGGUAAGCAGCAUGUUUCAAACGACAUACCAAAAUUCGUUUUUUACCGUUCUCCAUUUCACUAAUUCCUCAGCAAGUAUGACAAAGUGGUAA